AUGUGUCUCUCUUUUUCUCCCAAAUGCUUUCCACAUUUAUAUCAUUUUGAAUUUUUUUCAUCUUCCUUUUUUUAUCCUCAUCGCUUUUCUGCAUAUACUUUUUUCUCUCUUUUCUUUCUGCCUUCCUUAUUUUCCAUCUCUUCUCUAACUCCAUUUCUCUCUCUUUCUUUCCCAAAUCUUUUCCAUCUUUGUUUCUCUUUGAAUUUCUUUAUCCCUCUUUUUUAUCCUCAUCACCUCUUCUUUUUCACUUUGAAAUUCUUUAUCUUCCCAUUCUUAUCCUCAUCACUUGCUUGCAGAUUCUUUUCUCUCCAUUUUUUUCUUUCUGUGUUUCCUAUUUUUAAUUUCUGUUUCAUUCUCUCUCUCUCCUUCCAUCACUCAAUCUCAAAUAUCUUUUCCACCUUUGCUUCCCCUUUGAAUUUCUUUUUCUUCAUCCUUUAUUCUAUCACUGCCAUUUUGUUUCAUUCUUUUUUCUUUCUUUAUUUUCUUUCUUUUUUCACCUUUUUCAUCCUCACCAUGCAUAUUCUUUUCUCUCUUUCUUCUUUCAGCAUUCAUUCUUUAAUUUCUAUCUGUUUGAUUGUCACUCUCUCUCCUUCCAUCUCUCACUCCCAAAUUUUUUCCACCUUUAUUCUGUUCUCUCUUUUUGCUUUCUCUCUUUCCUUUCUUUUCUUUAUUCUCCUUUUUCUCCUCAUCACUUGUCUGCAUAUUCUUUUUGCUCUUCUUUCUUUUCUGUUUUUCCUUUCUUUGAUUUAUAUCUGUUUAACUCUCUCUCUCUCUGCCUUUUAUGUCCUUUUCUCAAUUCCUUUAUCUAUUUGUCACUUUUUUCUUUCUGUCUUUCCUCUCUCUGAUUUCCAUCUCUUUCAUUCUCUCAUUCUCUCUCUCCCUGUCUGUUAUCUCCUCCAUUUUUCCAAAUCCUUUGCACAUCUGUUUCUCUUUGAAUUUCUUUUUCAUCUUUUUUUUUAUCCUCAUCACUUGCCUCCAGAUUCUUUUCUCUGUUUUUUCUUUCUACCUUUUCUUUCUUUAAUUUCUACCUGUUUUAUUCCCUCUUUCUCUCUGUCUCUUUCUCUCUCUCUCACAAAUAUUUUCCACCUUUGUUUUUCUUUGAAUUUCCUCAUCCUCCUUUUUUAUUCAUAUCAUUUGUCUGUAGAUUCUUUUCUUUCAUUUUACUUUUUGUCUUUGCUUCUCAUACAAAUCUCUUCUUUAGCUCUUUUUCUUUUCAAAUAUCUAUUUUCCAUUUUUUUCUCUUUAAAUUUUCUUCUUUUGUUUUUUUUCAUUGUUUUCCAGAUCUUUCCUUUUUAUUUUAACCUUAAUUCUUUUCUUUUCAAAUACUACUUUUCUUCAUCUUUAUUUUCUCUUCUGACUGUUUAUUUCAUUUCUAUUGCUUUUCUUUCUAUCAUUUCUUUUCUUUUUUUCCUGAAUAUUUAA